GCCCAGCUGCUGGGAGGGCUAGCUGCCACGGGGUCUGUCCCGGGCGCUCCCAACGCCCCCGUUCCUGUGCCCCCUCACAUCGAAAAACCAGGGCAGAGAUGGUGCCCCCACUGCUUAUCGGCUGUGGGGACUGACCACACUCAGCCGUCCUAGACUGUUGUAAGAUCCCACAGGGAGGAUCUUAAAGUUCCCUUGGGUCUUAAGGAGGGGGGUGCUCUGUGCCCAGGCUCGCUCUCCUGUGUCCUCCAGCUCGUGUCUGGGGGCGGAGGUGGACAGUUGGAGCCUGCCCUGUCAGCGAGGUGCCACCUUCUGCAAACCCAAGGCAGUUGAUGAGACGGUGGGCGGUGUGAGCACACAGACUGGACGCUCCCUCGGGCCCUGUGCUCUGUGCUGGUGAUGGAAGCCAUGGCGCCCAUGUCGGAAGGCGGCCCGGACACGCUGCUGCCAGAUUUCCCCCGGGGGCCCCUGCAGACCUACCGGGCCCGCGCCUCCUUCAGCUGGAAGGAGCUGGCGCUGUUCUUGGAAGGGGAGGACCUGUUGCGCUUUAAGCAAACCGUCUUCACAGCUCUGGAGAACGACCCCCUCUUCGCCCACCCCCCGGGCGGCGACCUCCCGCUGGAGAAGUACCGGGAGCUGACCUUUCUGCGCUGCCGGCGGCUCCUGGAGCUGGACUUCCUGCGCCUGGAGGACAUGGUCAGCUGCCCUCUGAAGGCGCUGGCGCUCAUCGGGUGCCUGGGCAUGUACGACUGGUCCCUGGGGACCAAGUUCUUCCUGAACAUGCUGACGUUUGCCUCGGCAGUUUACAGCUCUGGCUCCGAAAGGCACCUCAAGUACAUCCCUAAGGUCUUCAGCAUGGAGAUCUUUGGCUGCUUUGCCCUCACGGAGCUGAGCCACGGGAGCAACAGCAGAGCCAUCCGCACCACGGCGCACUACAACCCCGCCACCCAGGAGUUCGUCCUCCACUCCCCCGACUUCGAAGCCGCCAAGUUCUGGGUGGGCAACAUGGGCAAGACAGCCACGCAUGCCGUGGUGUUCGCGCAGCUGCACACGCCGGGGGGCCGGUGCCACGGGCUGCACCCCUUCAUCGUGCAGAUCCGGGACCCGAAGACCCUUCUCCCCAUGCCGGGCGUGAUGGUUGGCGACAUCGGGAGGAAGCUCGGGCAGAACGGUCUGGACAAUGGCUUCGCCAUGUUCCACAAGGUCCGCAUUCCGCGCCAGGACCUGCUGAACCGCACCGGAGACGUCACCCCCGAGGGUGCCUAUGUCACCCCCUUUAAGGACUCCAGGCAGCGCUUUGGGGCCUCCCUGGGCAGCCUGUCCUCCGGCCGGGUCUCCAUCGUGGGCAUGUCCGUGGUGAACCUGAAGCUGGCCGUGUCCAUUGCGGUGCGCUUCUCGGCCACGCGGCGCCAGUUCGGCCCCACAGACGGGGAGGAGACGCCGGUGCUGGAGUACCAGAUGCAGCAAUGGCGCCUCCUCCCGUACCUGGCCGCCGCCUUUGCCCUGGAUCACUUCUCCAAGUCGCUCUUCCUGGACCUGGCCGAGCUCCAGCGGGGCCUCCUGGGCGGUGACCGCAGCACCCAGCAGGCAGAGCUCGGACGUGAGAUCCACGCGCUGGCGUCGGGCGGCAAGCCCCUGGCCUCAUGGACGGCCCAGCGGGGGAUCCAGGAGUGCCGCGAGGCCUGUGGGGGACACGGCUACCUGGCCGUGAACCGCCUGGGUACUCUGCGGGACGACAACGACCCCAACUGCACGUACGAGGGGGACAACAAUGUGCUGCUGCAGCAGACCAGCAACUACCUGCUCGGCCUCCUGGCGGCCCCCAGCCCCGGUGGCACGCGCUUUCGGAGCCCCUUGAAGACUGUGGACUUCCUGGAAGCGUACCCCGACAUCCUGGGCCGGAGGUUCACGGGUCUCAGCGGCACUGACCGCGUGGACGCCUCAGUGCCCCUGGCAGCGUACGAGUGGCUGGUGUGCUACCUGCUGCGCGGCAGCCACGAGAAGCUGGAGCGGGAGAGAAGCGCCAGGGGCAGUGACUUCGAGGCCAGGAACAACAGCCAGGCCUACUGCUGCCGCCCGCUGGCGCUGGCCUUCCUGGAGCUCACGGUGCUGCGCAGGUUCCACCAGCUCACGCACGGCCCCAGCGUGCCCCCCUCCCUGCGCGGCCUGCUGGGGCUGCUCGGCGCUCUCUACGGCUUCUGGUCCCUCAGCCAGCACACGGCCCUGCUCUACCAAGGCGGCUACUUUUCCGGGGAGCAGGCGGGCAGAGCCGUGGAGAACACCAUCUUGGAGCUGUGCGCCCAGCUGAAAGAUGACGCGGUGGCCCUCGUGGACGUGAUCGCGCCCCCCGACUUCAUCCUGAACUCACCCAUCGCCAGGGCCGACGGCGAGCUCUACGGAAACCUCUGGACCGCGGUCCUUCAGGAGAGCCGAGUGCUGGAGAGGGCGUCGUGGUGGCGGGAGUUUGCCACCAACAAGCCCGUCGUGGGGUGUCUGAGGUCCAAGCUGUAGCGGCCGUCGCGCCCUGGGCCGGCGGAGCCACAGCCCUGCCCGCAGGCCCCAUCCACAGACCCUCAAAGCUGCCCGGACACACCGACCUCUGCGCCUGCUGCCUCCGUGCCCCAGCCGGGCUCCCCGUCCCAGGGCGGGGGCGCCGAGGGGCCUGAGCCGGCCGCGUCUGCUGGGGAAGCCCGUGGGAGGCCCCUCGCCACGGCCGGGGCGCCUGCCCUUGGCUCUGCACACCCCGUCUUCCCGGAGGGUCUUCGCAGAGCUCUGCUCCGGGACUCAGUGCCGCGGGCUUCCGCGUGGGGCCACGGGGGGCGAGACCCUCGCUUGUUUCCACGGCCACAUGGGGCGGUCUCGGGCCUCAAGCCACGGAGUCCGCCUCCAGGGCACAGAGGCCAACCGGGCCCAGCGCUCGAGUGCGCUCUCGGAAAAUGGCCCCCUUGGGGCGGUGCCGGCUGGCUGCCCGGGCUGGGGACCCCGCCCCCUGGUCUGUCCUGCCCAGACCGCCUGACGGGAGCCGGUGGACCCAGCUGCCCCCACGCGCAGCCUGCCCAGUGCAGCAGCUGGAGGUGUGGAGACGGCGUCGCGCGUCCCUCAAUCAAGAUGACGUUUGAAAACAUCCCGCGGUAAAAACCCACGUGAUUGGAAUAAAUUUUCAGACUUGAAUGUCACCGCCUGCGCCCU